AUGCCUGAAUCCAUCAAGCCAAUUCUAAGAGUCAUUAACAAUUUCAAGCCACUCCCUACCGAUGUAAUCGUAGCUACUUUUCCGAAAACCGGCACUACAUGGCUCAAAUCUCUCCUCUACUCCAUCCUCAACCGAUCCUCCAAACAUAACUUGGCCGUCCAACACCCACACAACCUUGUCCCCUUCUUGGAGGUGCAAGUGUUCGCAGAGUCUGAUGAGCCACUGCUUCUAGCAGCCCCCUCGGAUGAGCCUCGAAUAUUCUCCACACACAUCCCUUGUCAGCUCCUAGCCAAAACCCUAGAUUCUUCGGAAUGUAAGGUUGUUUACUUGACACGAAACCCUAAGGACACCCUUAUCUCCAUGUGGCAUUUUGUGAAUAAGUAUAAGCCGGAUCAGUCAUGGUCUCUCGAUGAGGCAACAGACUCAUUUUGUCGCGGGGUUGGCCUAUAUGCGCCUUACUAUGAUCAUGUGAUUGGGUAUAGAGAGCAGAGCCUCAAAAGGCCGGAGAACGUUAUGUUUGUGACUUUCGAGGAGAUGAUGGAAGAUCCACGUGGUUAUGUCAAGAAAUUGGACGAUUUCCUAGGAUGUCCAUUUGAGGAUGAAGAUGAAGUGGAAGAGAUUGUGAAGAAUUGUAGUAUUGAGGUACUAAGUAACCAUGAUGUCAAAAAGUCCAAGGAAUCACCAUCGCGGAUUCCAUUGCCGUAUAAUGCUUUCUUUAGAAAAGGGAAAAUUGGAGAUCAUAAUAAUUAUCUUAGUGAUGAGUCUAUUGAACGUAUUGACACGCUUACUCGAGAGAGAUUUCAUUCCUUAGGGUUUAUGUAUGGGAUUUAG